GUUAUGGGGCAUCUAUCUUGGAUUGAAAAUUGCUUGGGAUAUAGGUUGCAGUGCAGUUGUGCUUGAGUCUGACUCAACGACCGCAGUACACCUUCUUCACAAAAAUGUGGAAGACCUUCAUCCUCUUGUUGCUAUGUUGUGGGGAUGCCAAGACUAUAUAAACAAAAACUGGGUUUGUUCUAUUCAUCAUGUAUAUCGUGAGUGCAACAUGCUAGUAGAUAAACUAGCUGAAUUGGGUUCAUGUCUUGAGUUGGGUCUGUCAACCUUCCAUAACCCUCCUGACAGUAUUAGGUCCUUUCUUAAUGAAGAUUUACUUGAAAUCUGUAAGCCUCGAACUAUUGUUUAUUUUUUUUUGUUGGACUUUAGGCCCGUUUCUUCACCAAAAAAAACAAAAAAAAAAAAAAGGUUCAUAGAGACUUGGGCUCGAGUCGGCCAUUCAUAUCAAUUAAAACCGACCCGAAUAUCAUAUCGCCAGGCGUACAUAUCGCUACGGUUCUUGGAAUUUAAAAUCACAAAAAAAACGUUUCGUUCUCAUAAACAAAAUCUCAAACCAGAGCUCGUGACUUGUCCCCGCCAUUUCUGAUUCGAAUCAGAAGCCGUACACACCAAUCUUCCAGAGCAAGAACAUUUCCCGCCAAAUCCAUUCUCAAACCCCUAGGGCGUUUCUUCAGUUCUCUCCCUGAGUUCCCUCCGUAUAGCUGAAAACUCAUUUUUCCAAUUGGAAGAGACAAAAGAACAAAGAAAAAUUCAACUUUUGCGAUAAAUCUCUGAAGUUUAUUUUACUGAUCGGAGCUUACACCGUGAAACGGCCAAGUUUUACGAGCGCAAAAUCGCAAUUAGCCUAUCUGUAUGUUGAUAGUUCGAACGCUUUCUUCGCAAGCAACUAAAUCAAAGUUUUGGCGCAGAAUUUUGGUUAACGUUCAGCAGGCAUAUAAAUCAGUUGAGAAACCUUGAGAUAGCGUUGUUGAUCAACAUGUUUUAUAUGCCCCAGACAUGCCAUUGCAUUAAAGAUUGUCUUUGAAGGCUAAAAUGAGAUGCAAUGCGUGUUGGCGAGAAGUAGAAGGGCGAGCUGUUUCCACCACCUGUGGCCACCUUUUGUGCACAGAGGAUGCCAGCAAGAUCCUUGGCAAUGAUGGAGCAUGUCCCAUUUGUGAUCAAGUGCUCUCUAAGAGUCUUAUGAAACCUGUGGAUAUCAAUCCAAACGAUGAAUGGGUAAAUAUGGCCAUGGCUGGAGUGUCUCCACAGAUAUUAAUGAAGAGUGCACACAGGAGUAUCAUGUUUUACAUUGGGCAAAAGGAACUGGAAAUGCAGUUCAAGAUGAACAGAAUAGUAGCUCAAUUCCGGCAGAAAUGUGAAGCAAUGCAAGAAAAGUUCACUGAGAAAUUGGAACAGGUGCAUACUGCAUACCAGAAAAUGGCGAAGAGGUGUCAAAUGAUGGAACAAGAGAUUGAAAGCUUGUCCAAAGAUAAGCAGGAGCUCCAGGAAAAAUUUGCAGAGAAAUCCAGACAGAAGAGAAAACUAGAUGAAAUGUAUGAUCAAUUGAGGAGUGAGUACGAGUCAGUUAAACGAUCCGCCCUUCAACCUGCGACCAAUUUCUAUUCAAGAAAUGAGCCUGAUCUUUUCUCAAACCAAGCUAACAUCUUGGAUAACAGAGAAGCUGUUAGAAAAGUUGACUUAUUUCUUGCAGAUUGGCCGGUUCUCACUCCUGAAACUCCAGGGCCAAAGGAGGAUAUAUGGCCAGCAAGACAGAAUAGUUCAAACUCUGGUGGUCCUUUUGACAUCUCUGUUGGCUCACCGGCAAAACAAGCUGCUAUUCCAGUUGAUGCUGUGAACAGAAGGGCUGGUGCUCACCCUAUGUUUGGAACUGGAGCUAGCAACCCCUCAAUGACCUUAAGGAACUUGAUACUCUCCCCAAUAAAGAGGCCUCAGCUCUCUCGUAACCGUCCCCAGAUGUUCACGUUCUAGGCUUGAAGUCGAGAGUUCACUGUUUGCUGAAGGUCAUGCUGGAUAUGUUUACUAUGACUAUAAUUUCUUUUUUAGGAAAAAAAAAA